GCUGCCCUCACAGCAAGGAGUUAAACAGGCCUGUUACAGUGCGCCGAUCGAGAUGUCAGUAGGAGGUUGGCUCUCAACUUUUAGGAUAGCGGGUACCCUCUUGUUCGAAGCACGUCUCGGCAUUUUAUUGGAACUACUGAUCUUACUAUUCAGACCGGACAUUGCCGAUCGUGAACAUAGAGUGACACCCGUGUCACCGACCAAUUUGCGAAAUGAGUACGAUUUCGUGGUGGUCGGAGCUGGAUCAGCUGGAUCAGUGAUAGCCAAUCGGCUGUCAGAGAAUGGAAAAUGGACGGUACUUCUGCUGGAAGCUGGGCCGGAUGAACCGAAAAUCUCUGAUCUGCCUGCAACGUUUCCACUUCUGCAAUUGUCCCCUCUGGACUGGCAAUUCAAAACUGAACCGUCGAAGAACUAUUGUCAGGCAAUGAAAAAUCAUCAGUGCAACUGGCCACGUGGCAGGGUUCUCGGAGGUGGCAGUGUGCUGAACGCAAUGCUCUAUAUCCGUGGCAACAAGAGAGACUAUGACAGCUGGGAAAGUCUGGGAAACCCCGGCUGGGACUACGACAGUGUGUUGCCUUACUUCAAGAAGUCUGAAGACAUGCGGAUCGCAGAAUACAAAAAUUCACCUUAUCACAACACUGGCGGUUACUUGACCGUCGAGUACUUCAAGUACCAAACUCCCGUGAUCAAGUAUCUGGUAAAGGCUACCACAGAAUUGGGAUACGACGUCGUGGAUGCUAAUGGAGCUACUCAAACCGGGGUCACCAAUUCCCACGGUACUUUGAGAGACGGGUUACGAUGCAGUACUGCGAAAGCUUUCCUCCGGCCUGCUUCCAAGAGGAAAAAUCUGGAUGUGAGCAUACUCUCGACUGUGGAGAAGAUUCUGAUAAGCGAAGACAACGAUACGAAGAGAGCAUAUGGCGUCCAAUUUCGAGUAGGCCUGAUCAGCCAUACGGUCACAGCAAAACGCGAGGUCAUUUUAUCCGCUGGCGCUUUACAAUCGCCGCAAUUGCUCAUGCUAUCCGGUGUCGGUCCGAAAGAUCAUUUAGACGCUGUAGGGGUGAAGACUGUGCACCAUGCACCGGGCGUGGGUGAAAAUCUGCAGGACCACGUGGCAAUGGCUGGUAUGACUUACUUGAUAGACCCGCCAGCAAAUUAUACGGGGAAGGACCCAUUCACAUUCAAUUUGUUCGAGUCUAUCACCGAGAAAGACGUCGUGGAAUUCGCUGUGGAGCGCAAAGGAAAAUUGUAUGCUUUGCCAAUCUCUGAGGCUAUGGCAUUUAUUAAUACUAAGUACGCGAAUAAAUCGGAUGAUUAUCCUGAUGUACAACUCUUCCUGUCAAGCAUAACGGAUGAAGCCGACGGCGGGAUUUUCGUAAGUAGGUCCAGCAAUGUGAACAACGACUUCUACGCGGAAAUGUACGAGAAUAUAAUUUACGAGCCUUCGUACGGUUCCAUUCCCCUUUUGCUAAGACCUCGUAGUAGAGGGUACGUGAAAUUGCGCUCCAGCGACGUAGACGAGCUUCCGAUGGUUGUACCCAAUUACUUCCACGAUCCACAUGACCUUAACGUUUUGGUAAGUAGGCUGUUUAAAAAUUCAAAUGAGUAUUUUCAUCCAGUAGUUUGAAAAGAUCGAUUUUCUUUUAAUUAUCUACUUUCCAUCAUGACCACUACAAUUGUUAGUAAACACUAAUUUUUUCUUAAUUGCUUAUAUGCUGAAAACAAGAAAAAAUCUACAGUGUUUUAUGAAAUAAAGUAACUACUUAAUUUGUCGAAAAUGUCGAAUGUCACUUUAAUGGACACAGAAACUGUCACACUUAUGCUAGAGAAACCACAACAAAU